AUGCCGUCGCAGUUUCCUGCCCCCGUUGUAGCUCCUCGCUAUAGCUUCUUGGACGAUUACAGCGAAGGAGCUCAUCCGGCGCUGCUUAAAGCCAUACUCUCCAGCAACUCAUCACAAGAAGCCGGAUACGGCGGCGACACAUACUGCGACAUUGCCAGACAACGGAUCCGUCGGCAUUUGGGCCGUGAUGAUGUGGGUAUCUUUUUCGUGCCCAGUGGAACGUCGGCGAAUGCCAUUUCCAUUGCGGCAUGUUUACGACCGCACGAAGCUGUCAUAGCCGCAAGCUCAGGACAUAUCGUGACGAGAGAGACGGGAGCCGUGGAGGCCAGUGGCCACAAAAUCAUCAACGUCGCACCGCUUGAUGGCAAGUUGACGCCUCAAUCAAUCCAGAGAGCAAUGGAUGAUAAUUGGCACUUCCCGCAUAUGGCAAAGCCAAGAUUGGUCUACAUAUCGAACGCGACGGAGAUCGGAACGAUAUACACGCGAAGUGAACUGGCAGCGAUCAAGGAGGUCUGCGAAAAGAAUCAAUUGAUAUUAUUCCUUGAUGGAGCACGCAUCGGCACCGCAUUGGCGUCCAAAGCAAACGAUAUGACGCUUCAAGACGUCCUGGAACUAACUGAUAUUUUCUGGAUUGGAGGUACCAAGAACGGAGCCUUAUUGGGAGAAGCCGUUGUUGUCAAGGACGCUCGUCUGGCGACGGAGUAUGAGUUCUUUGUUAAACAACAUGGUUCCCUCUUGGCUAAGAGCCGGAUCAUGGGCGCUCAGUUCGCCGAGCUUUUCAAGGACGACUUGUACUUCGAUCUUGCACGCCAAGCCAACCUGUGUGCCGAGACUCUGUCCAGCGGUGUCGCUGCUGCAGGAUUCUCGGUUUACGCUGUAACGGAAACGAAUCAGGUGUUUGCAGUUCUGCCUUUGGGUUUGAUCAAGGUGCUACAGGAGCAUUUCAAGUUUUAUGUCUGGGAAAAGCGAGGCGAUGACGAGGCUGUUGUUAGACUACUUACAACUUGGGCGACUGAGGCGACAGAGGUGGAAAAGUUUGUUCGGUUGGUACAUGGCUGGAAUAAAUAA